CGUGAAUCUGGUAAGAUGGACGGUUGUGAUGAACUUGAUUCAUUGGCCCGUUUCCACACACGAAGCUGCCAUUCACACGGGCAGCAUUACCGGGGCGGGGCAAGUCGUAAAAAAGCCACGCCACUCCGCUUGGGGAGUUUUGCUCCCAGAGUGAGAGCUGAGCAGCGAGCAGAGACGAAAAUGUCGCCGUCGCCGUCCUCCUCCUCCUCCUCUUCUAUAAUUCUCACUGCUCUGGCCGUCGUUACUCUGACCACCCUCUUCUUCUUCUCUUCUCCCGCCUCCGCCGCCGGCCCACAGCCACGCCCCUUCAAGAAAAUCUACGCCUUCGGAGACUCCUUCACCGACACCGGCAACACCCGCUCCGCCUCCGGCCCCAGCGGCUUCGGCCACGUCUCCAAUCCCCCCUACGGCGUCACCUUCUUCCACCGCCCCACCAACCGCUACUCCGACGGCCGCCUCGUCAUCGACUUCGUGGCCCAGUCCCUCUCCCUCCCCUUCCUACCCCCCUACCGCAGCAUUUCCUCCUCCUCCUCCUCCUCCUCAUCCACCGCUGCCUACGGCGUCAACUUCGCCGUCGCCGGCUCGACGGCCAUCAACCACGAGUUCUUCGUGAGGAACAACAUGAGCCUGGACAUAACGCCACAGUCGAUCCUGACUCAGCUCAUCUGGUUCAACAAGUACUUGGAGAGCCACGAGGGGUGCAAGGCGGCGACGAGAGGUGGGGCGUGCCGAGACUCGCUCGAGGACGCAUUGGUCUGGGUUGGCGAGAUCGGAGUCAACGACUAUGCCUACACCGUCGGGUCCGCUGUUUCCGGCGACACCAUCCGGAAGCUCGCCAUCAACACCGUCGCCGCUUUUCUGGAGUCACUUUUGAGGCGUGGGGUGAAGUAUAUGGUGGUUCAAGGUCUGCCGGUGUCGGGUUGCUUGCCCCUUGCCAUGUAUUUGUCCCCCGAGGACGACAGAGACGACAUAGGCUGCGUGAAGAGCGUGAACGACCAAACCCGCGCCCACAAUGCCGCACUCCUGGCCAAGAUUAGCGACCUCAGGAAGCGAUUCCCUGAUUCGAUGAUCCUCUACGCCGACUACUGGAACGCGUACCACUCGGUCAUGAAGAACCCGGCCAAGUACAGCUUCAAGGAGCCUUUCAAGGCAUGCUGCGGCGCCGGGGAGCCCUAUCAUUUCAGCCCGAUCGCAACGUGCGGCACUCCGACUGCUGACUUGUGCCCUCGCCCCUCGGAGUAUGUCAACUGGGACGGAGUCCACCUCACAGAAGCCAUGUACAAGGUGAUCGCCGACAUGUUUCUGAAAGGAAGGUUUAGUCACCCUCCAUUUAGCUACUUGCUCAGCAAGAAACGGCGCGGCGGCUGAUGAACCGCUCGUAGCUAUAGGUACAAUGGCAAUGUGAGUCGUGUCGGGACACUGUCGAACUCUGUUAUCGGCCUCUGCAGCAAUAAUGAAUAUCGGCUUCUUCUUGCUGAAGCUAUAUUACAGGUAGAAGUAGAACCUCGUGUUGAUGCAGAUCAGACGAUGCAACUUGUGUGUGAAGUUUCAUUGUUUCAACCGUUGGGAUACUAACGCUAUAUGAUGAGUAGUUCUGCAAAAUCAGGGUCCUCAAAUGUGAAACUGCAACAAAAAAAUGGGUUAAAUUGCAAUUU